UUGAUAUAAAGCGAUUGGGGGCUGGCCCCACCUCGGAAUUAGAGUAAUUACCUACUCGGUUUCAUUCGUACGGAGCUUUCCGCAUUCUCUUUCGGUUUCUUCGCUUGCGGAACACUAAAUUAAAAGCUUCGAUGAGAGAACACUGUUCUGCAAAUUUCACUACAACUUGCCAUAAAUCCGCAACCAGGGCCCCACCCGAAAUUUUGACUUUUUCAAGUGAUGUAAGUAGGGUAGUCCCACCAACAGCAACAGAAGAGAAUAAUAUCAUUUUCGAAGCUGUAAAACAGUACUGAAAGACGUGGAACGAACUGUGACGCAGCGAUAUUGUUACGCAGGCACCAACAUUUCUCCGGUUUGUUUUUGUAACGUUUUUCAGCAUUUGUUUCCCUCACAGGCCUGGAACCGAAUCCAACCGCUGCUACCGAUUCAUAAGACGGCAGGUCCACGUCGAAAGCCGCUUUGCGACGAAACUAUCGCGUUAUACGGCCGAUUGUUUUCACGACCCGCGUGGAAACACAAACCAGUUACAUCCCACGAGGGCUUUUCCAAUGCGGGUGGGCUCAGGCAUUCGCCGCGCCUGCCUGACCUCCGGCGUCGUCGCGAGUGGCCAACUUUUUAUCCAGAAUGCGCAAGCCGCAGAACAAGCAGCUGCGGUUUUGAAAACCAACACCGCAAGAACCCGCCGCCCCGCAGAUGCCUCGACGGGGGAGAGUACGGAAAAAGCGGCCGCGCCUUCGCAAACCACGACCCCAUGCGAAGCGGGUUGCGCAGAUUCUGCUCAUGCGGAUACCCUGUGCAAAGAGAGAGAUCCCCCCACGGGGCAAGCCCGGGAGUGGCUUUCUUAUUUUUUGAGCCAUGCGAAGGUCUCUGCACGUGAAAAUUUCUGCCACGCAAUCCUUUAUAUUUAUGGCUGUCUACUGGUGUUCGACUCUCGCGUGGUCACUGCGUGGGAAAGUCGCGCUCAGGUGUUGGCAUGGACGAGCCGCUGCAAACUAGGGCGUCCAACAAAACGUGCUUUAUUGUUAUUUAGCAUGUGCCGCGGGAGUGGGGGGUCUUUCUCGGAGGAUACGAUGUGACGAAUCGUUCUUGGAGAGGUGUGACUGCGACAAGGGUGCAGGAGUUGAUCAGCAGAAACUCAAAGAGGUACAUUUUGACAAGGUAGUUGCUCCGUAUAUAAGUCCCUUACCAUGCGCGGCAAUCUAAGCCUCCUCCAAGGGUUGAAAUAUAAUGGAGGGGUGCGCAGGUAUGCAUAGAAUGAGAAGAUCCCAGCACCAAAGAGCCAGCAUGACAAAGCCGAGAAACCAAAAGAAACGCUGCUGAUUGUAUUGGCAUUCAGGCCCUUGGAGGAGACUAUCCGCUUUGCUCAUCCAAAAUUUGUAAUCCUGUGUGGUACUUUCCAUGCCGGAGUCCAUCAUAUACACACAACAGGCGCAGGAUAUGAAUUGCACGUGCAAGGAUGUCGAGGUUUUCUGGAAAAAGGGGCGCGAGUCAUCUGCAAUGCUCAUCUCCCCGCGCUGUGCAUCCUGAAAUAUGUGCGCACCGCACGCAUUCAUUCGGAAAACAGCGCAACUCGCCUUCUGUAAUGCCGAAGCGGAGGCAAGCUACUUUGUUACACAUACACUAUACGCAGAUACUCGCGCGUUAGGAAUCAUCACGGCAACAUAGCAAAUUAAAAAAUUCUUUGCCACUCCUGUAUAUGGAAAGGAUAUUUCUAAGGCUACAUUUGUGUGUGCAAGUCAUUUUCUUGUUUGCGGCUUAUCUCUUUGGUAUGACAGGAAAAAGCACACUACUGUACAGACGGGCAGAAGGAAUUGCUAGCGAAUGUGCAGCCCCAUCAGAACCCCAUAGCUCUUUUCCAAAGUGCGUUGAGUUGUGUACACAUUUGAAAUUGGGCCUCGAGACUGGUGCAGGGACACUUGGCCGGUGGCGUUGACCGACCUUGCUCGCUGAUGAUGAUGAUGAUGAUGAUGAUGAUGCCUAUCAUAACAGCAAAAAUUCAAAACCUGAAAUUCCUUUGUGAGCAGUUGUGUAGUAGUAGUUGUAGCGGGGAGUUUAGAUAAGAAAAAAACCCGGUUUCCGUUCUUGCUUUUCUUGUCUCUUUAAUCACCCCACUUGAGAAAGUUAAAGAACGUCCUCGGAAGGCAGCCGUCCCCGGAGCCUAGUAUGCUUUUGGUAGCGGCACGUCUGUACUGCGCGGUACUGCGCUGCCCAAACGCUAAACCCUAAACCCAUCCUCCACUCCGAGGCGCCCGGGGACGGCGCUUUGUGGUCCUAAGUCUUCGAGCCACAGAAGUUACUUUCUGCAUGGGACGAGGGGGGAAUCAUUUUCGACACACGAUAACAGCAUUGCAGAUGGCGCCGCAUUCCUUUUUUCCGGGCAUGCCGCCAUCGUUACUUUCGUUUCAUAAACUAGAUGCUGAGGCGGCAAGGGGAAGCAGCGACGGAGCGGUCGCAGAGAGCCAACGCGAGGGACGCGCAAAUGAAACAGGCGUCCGCGGUAUCCUGUGUGAAAGUGUCCCCACCCCAUAGUUGUCCUACAAUCCUGCAUGCGUAAAACUAAAAUGUGUCUCAUGCGGAGCCUGAUGAGACGCAUUUUCUAGCGCUAUUUUGAAACUUGUGAUGCUCGAAUCAGCAUUGGAUGCUAGAAUUGUAAUGCUGCUGCACUAGCUAAUGACGGUUGCACCGCGAGCCCAAACUUGCCAUGCGCAUCCGCCAAAGCUUGGCGAUUUGUCUUGCAGAGUUCCCGACUUGGCUGCGGAGUGGGGACGUCUUUGCACAGGAUGCGCGGACAUGAUUGCUUCGAUUCAGCGGGCCAGGGAUGAGCUCAGGAGCGCGCACGAAAAUAUGAACUAGAAAAUGACGACCCCUCCACCGGAUAUCGGGCUGUUUUGCCAGUUGUGCAGCCCCCGAUGUACAAUAGCUCGUCUUCUCUUGCCUUGCAAGUGGGAGAGGACCAGAGGCCAGCGGUCGAAUCCUCAGCGGGUUCGACGAGAUGGCAAUGCGUACAAGAUUUGUGUGGCCGCUUCUCCGCUGCUGCGAGUUCGAAUCAUGUAUAGAAGAGGGCUGCUCUCUUAGUGGCAAUGGCAAAAAGAUUGGCUCACGAGAUUCUUCCUUGUCGGCGGAAAACGUGUUCGUUUUCCGGGGGAGGGGGUUGGGUUUCAACGCGAUACAAGAAUCCGACGCCGAAUUCGAUGCGAACAUGAAAGACUUCGAGGCGAAAUAUGCGGCAUCGCUUCAACAAGAAGCCGCUGCACAGAACGAAUUUUUCACAAACGGCAUACAAGACUUGAAGAAAUUUCGAAAAGAUUACCGCGCAGAUAGGAAUGCGCAGAACCAAAAGCAGAAGGAGGCCAACAUGGAACAACUGCGGAAUAUCAAAUGUGAGAGCAAGGCCUCCGUCCCCGCAGCGACCUGCUAUAUAUCCCUGUUGCGAGGGUUGCGUGCGUAUUUUCGCCUUGCAUGGACUGAAGGCUCAAAGAACUACUUCCACUCUGUGGCGAUUUGUAAAAAGUCGUGGCGUGGAGCCUCGCUCUGCUCUGGUCAGAAGCUUUUGACGCCCGGGUGUCGUGUUUCACCUUGGGCCUAGUCCGUGUGUCUGUCGUGCUUCUUCGCACACUUUGCUCAUUUUUUUGCACCACGGCGAGUCUUCUAAAUGCAUAGUGGCUGCACGACUCGCGGAAUGGAACUUAGUCAUGAGUCUGGUAAUAUAGAAAUGGGGAGCGGUGGCGUAUUUCUCCUUGAUUGGGCAAAUCAAUGGCUUGGGCAAACCGGUAGCGGAUGAGUUCGCGGGUAAGCUGCAUUAUGGAAGUGUUAGGUGGAAACAUUGUCCGGAUGGAAAUGACUACAGCGGUGCUCAGUCUAGUUCGAUGAAAUAGAUCACAAUGACGGGCUGUGCAAAAAAACCAACUUCUUUCAGCGCCGCAAGGCCAAUUGGAAUUUACCAAUCAUGUAGGCCGCCGCUGUUCAUUUGGAAGUGGCGCUGUUUUGUUUUUGUACACUGGCGGGGCUGGGCGGAUGGAGCCCUCUUGCCAUGGCUCCGAGAAUCCCAGCGGACGAGUGACCCUUCUUUUUAUUGCAGUUUCAAACUACGGGUUGGCGCAUGAGUUUGAUUUCCAUUCUGACAACUUUCCACCUGCCACCUCCAAAACGAUGCGCUCAAUUUUUUCAUGGACAAAAUUUCCGCUGUGGAGGACGAGCGCUUUGACAUGAUGGUCGAACCCCGGCGCAGCGACGCGCAGCAAAGGAAGCUGGUCGAACUUGACGGACAACUGGCUGCUUUGCGGAAACAGCAAAAAGAACAAGAAGACGAAAUUGCGCAGCACAUCGGAAAGUUCUCCCGAGGCGGCGGCGGGAGCAGCAGCUUUCUCGCAGCCUAGUUCGGCGGUCGCUUGACAGCUCUACUUAUGUCGAAAUGAAAACUGUGCCCAAGAACACUAUGCAAAUCUUUCUGAAGAUGUACCGCGCAAAGAAGAAUGCCGGCUGAGGAAUUCGCAGUCCUCGUGUCUAGCUACACAUGACGCAUGCCACCGUCCUCUUUACAACAGACCUGAAGCGCUAUUUCGAAAUUGCGAAUAUACCUGUCUAAGGUCGUGAAGGUGCGGAGUUAUCUACCACACCAAAGGCUGAUUGCGCCUCUCGUUGUAGCUUUGGGCAUUUUAGUGCUAUACUGGCGUAUGUGUGUUGGGAGAGGUUUCAUUUGGACAACUGCAGCAUGGAAGAAUGUUCAAACAAGUUCGUUGCGUCGAAGUUUUUUUUCACUGGCAGGCCCUACUCUCGCUCAUACAAAACACCGUUCGGCCGCUGUAUUUCUCUACUGUUUUCAGUAUCAGUUUAUUAUUGUUUUCAGUUUACUUAUUACUUUCUCAACCACUAUUACCGUUCAACCGUGGACUGCAAUUUUUCCGUCCAGGUCUGGUCAGGGAUGACCUUCUACGUCCCUAGCUAGAGCAGGAAUAGCACAGAAACUCGCUGAAGAGCGAGACUCGAGCGCACCCAUGGAAGGACCAACCAAUGCUCGCACAAAAGCAGAUGAUAUCUAAAGACGUUUGUAUUGUCCAAUAUUACCUAUUAGUACAUAAAGAGCACACUGUUAAUGUUUGUUUACAACUCGGAUUUUCUGCACGCAAUUAAUUUUCUACUUCUGUUCCCGUUUAAUGCUUUUACAGUUCGUUCACUGCCUCAAAUUGAAGAUCGUAUCGCUUUAUUCUUUCGUCUCUUCCACUCUAAUAGCAUUCAGCAUUUUGAUCUUUCGCGACUCCUAAUCACCAAGCUCCAAUUUUGUCGGUUUUAGUUAGAAUUAUCAUGAUGGCCGUAGCUAACAAAAGCCGGGUCUUUCUUCAGUACUCUAACCGCUGGAAAGAAGUCCCUCGAUCGAAAGACCUGCGCUACCAAGCUCCUCACACAUAGUCUUUCCCGAGGAAGACAGAGCUGCUCGAGAGGGAGAAACAAGAAGGUGCUUCAUCUGCUUUGCCUUGUGUAACAACGGAUCUAGCUGAUGUUGCGGCUAUCAUGAUAUUCUUCACUUGACCACCCAACAAAGACUUAUGUAUGAUCUCCAGUAU